CCGCAUUGCGGCCGGGCCGCCGGGGCCAUGAGCUUCUUCGGGUUCGGGCAGAGCGCGGAGCUGGAGCUCGUGCUGAGCGACGGCGAGAGCCGGCGGCGGGUGGAGCACAAGAGCGAGGAGGGCAAGAAGGAGAAGUACUUCCUCUUCUACGACGGCGAGACCGUGGCCGGCCGCGUCCUGCUCACCCUCAAGCACCCCAACAAGCGGCUCGAGCACCAGGGCAUCAAGGUGGAGUUCAUCGGGCAGAUCGAACUCUACUAUGACCGAGGGAACCACCACGAGUUCGUGUCUCUUGUAAAAGACCUGGCCCGGCCUGGUGAAUUCACUCAAUCACAGACAUUUGACUUCGAGUUCACACAUGUGGAGAAACCUUAUGAAUCCUACACGGGGCAGAAUGUGAAGUUACGGUAUUUCCUCCGGGCAACCGUCAGCCGCAGACUGAAUGAUGUUGUGAAGGAGAUGGACAUAGUCGUGCACACUCUGAGCACCUACCCAGAGCUCAACUCCUCCAUUAAGAUGGAGGUGGGAAUUGAGGACUGCCUGCACAUUGAGUUUGAGUAUAACAAGUCCAAGUAUCAUUUGAAAGAUGUGAUUGUUGGAAAGAUCUACUUCCUGCUGGUGCGGAUCAAGAUCAAACACAUGGAGAUAGAUAUCAUCAAGAGAGAAACAACAGGGACUGGACCCAAUGUCUAUCAUGAGAAUGACACAAUAGCUAAAUAUGAGAUCAUGGAUGGGGCCCCUGUCAGAGGGGAGUCCAUUCCCAUCAGACUCUUCCUGGCUGGCUACGAGCUGACUCCAACGAUGAGGGACAUCAAUAAGAAGUUCUCGGUGCGGUAUUACCUCAACCUGGUGCUGAUUGACGAGGAGGAGAGGCGCUACUUCAAACAGCAGGAGGUGGUGCUCUGGCGGAAAGGAGACAUAGUGAGGAAGAGCAUGUCCCAUCAAGCAGCCAUCGCCUCCCAGAGGUUUGAGGGGACAUCCUCGCACGCCGAGGCCAAGACGCCCAGCCAGUCUGCAGAGAACAACAGCCGGCAGUGAGAGGCCACGCAGAGGAAGGCAGGCUGCUGUGGAGCUGCUGGGGGCAGCAGCGAGGAGGAAGAGAAAAUACUUCAGAGACUUCAUGAAAAUAAAUAUCCGUUUUUGACUUAAUUCCUUUCUUCGAAGGACAAGCAGGGUGGGGAGGGGAUAAGAGGGCAAGGCAAGCUGGAGCUCCGGAGAUGUGAAGUCGAAGGUACCUCAGUGCUUCCCAAUCAACUACAUUCCUCUGGGGUCGGCUGCUUUGACGCGUGUGUCCGGAGCCUGUGGAGCUGCCUGAUCUCCUCUUUGUCCCAAGACCCUUUCAGCAUGGUAGAAGGGAGGGAGAGAGCAAGCAAAGGCCAAAUCCGCUGCUCUUCCUCAGCAGGAUGGAUAUUGCUUCGGGGCUGGCUAGGAUAGAUAACUUUUCUUGCCUUCUGGAAAGGUAGGGAGGGAGUGUAUCCUAUCUGAAAUAGUUUAAUGUCGUCCCCUUUCUCCCUUCCCUUCCUCUUCAUGAUGUUGUUGGAUUCUUUGUCACAAGCAGUUACGUAACGUAGUUGAGUCAGCCCUGGGACUACCAUGGAGCUACUUGCUGGUGGAGCACGGGAAACAGGAAUGGUUUUGUGUCCUUGCCGUGGGAGCUGCUGACUGCCUCGCUGAGGCUGGAUGCUGAGGAGAUGAGGUUAGCAGGAUGGCAUGAAGUGUACGCGAGUGGUGGAGUGUGGAACUGAGAGGUGGCACAGGCUGCACGGGGCUCAGCAGGGCUGCUGGGUGGCGGGAAGCAAGGACAGGAGGGCUGCUGGCUCUGAGAGCAGUGCCACCUCGGUGGCUGCAUGAUCAYCCCUGGGACUCAGUCUGUCUGCUUUUUGGCACUUGUACAGGUCCCAGUUGGUGCUGCUGCAGGGCCAGACCAGCCUUGAGAGAUCUAGAGAAGAGUGUUGGAACAUGCGAGGGCAAGGGGGGCUCCGUGUGAGAGCGUGUGUUGCACAGACUGCCCUGCUCAUUGCUGUGUCCGUGUCACACGGCAGGCUUUGCAGCGGGGAGAGGCAGCUGAAUAGAAGUGUGCAAAUCUUGCCUUGUUUUCCUUCUCAUGCCUGCUGUAUAAAGAUUGGUAAUCCCAGAAAGUGGGAUGCUCUUCCAGGAGCUCUUGGCCAGUAUGUGUGUGCUGCUACAUGAAGCUCAGCCGCAACUGGAAGGAUGAUAAAGCUUUUGAUUCCAGAGGCAAGUUCCUGAGGCCUGAGCUGGAUUCACCAGUGAAGUCUGUGGGUUUGGCGUGAGCUGAAAAUGAGAAUAAGGGUGUUUUCUAUUCUGAGAUAAGCUCCAUUUACCCUUCAGUUAAGUAGAAUCAUGACAACAUUCCCAGAAGGAAAUCACUUCUCUCUUAAACUUUAGAUGUGGCUUUGUAGACUUGACAGAGUUUGGCCAAUACCCAUCCUUUUUUAGAUGUCCUCUAAAGAAGCAGGUGGUUAAACCUCCUACCAGAUGGAGAGAAGAUUGAACUAAUACUGGCUCCAUCAAAUGGAAUUUCUUUAGAUGUCCAUGUGAGUUUGUAGCUCACUAGGGUUUUGUCCAGCUUGGUUUUGACUCUGAAUGAAUCUCCUCUGCCUCUGUCCUACAGUUGGAUGUAGAGCAGUUGUUUUGCAGCUGGGUAACAAAAGCAUCUUCUGCUUUGUUUAGUGGAACAGUGCUGGUGGAGGGAAUGGGGUCUGGGUGGGAAGGGGAGCUUUUUAUGUAAUAAGACAGCUACUGUAUUUCAGUGAUUAAUGUGUGUUUCUGCUUGCCAAAGUAAGUUAUCUUUUACUCACCAUGUGUAAGGUUGUGGUUUUUAGUAGAGCUGGACAGUCUCGCUCUGUUGUAGAGGACACUAAUGACCUCAUCUCUGCUGAAUGCUCUUGUCCCACCAUGUUUCUGCUCUGUGAUAGUGAAGACGUGGCUUGCUCCUCUUUACAUGAGAAGUCUGUGCCAUGGGCUGGAGCCAUGUCUUCCUGAGCCUGAAGGAAAAGCUUACUUUAGACAAUGAUUCUGCUAUGUCAGGGWAAGGGGUGCUAAGCUGCUGAGUGUCUCAGGGGGCAAAGGAACCUGGAUGCUAUUUUGACACUAACUUACACCCCCCCUCUACAUAGGGGGGCCCUCCUGUGCUGUGGCAAUACACAAUGUUUGGGAGACAAGAGAAGCUCCCAUAGGGACCCUCUGAGGAUGGCAAGACUACCUUUCUGUGACUCAGUUGAGCACAGCAGCACCUUGACCACCCUCUGCUUUCCCUUACCUCCCAGCUUUUUUUUCUUUUUUUGUUUUCCCUUGCCUAUUCCUCUAGAUAGUACGCAUGUGGUAUUAAAAGAAAACAAGUGGAUAAAGAUGCCUGUACAUUCCAGGAGUGGUUCAUUUACUGGCCAAACUGCAUCAUUGCUGGAUAUAGUUGUCUGAAAGGACAAUGCUUUGUAAGGAGAUUUCUAUUCAACAUCUCUUUCUGGAGGAAACAGAUAACUCCCAGAAUGCUGCUGAAGGGACUAAUUGGAAAAUGUGCAUGAU